AUGAGCGAAAAAAUACUUACUAAAACCCAGUCUUCAAAUAAUUUUAACAUCUACAACAGAAUGCGAAUCAUUAAUAUUUUUCUAUCAGUUUGUGCCAUUGCAAUUUUUGUACUUUUAAUGCUGAUGACAAAUGAAAUUGUCCUUAUUUUGCUCAUGAAUUUCCACAUGAUAAUAAACUUGAUAUUUCUACUUUUGAAUCCUAAAUAGGUCUUCUGGGUAAUUACUCACAAAAGACUGACCUUUUGCUUUGUCAAGAUGCAAUUUUUCAUGAAUUUACUAGCUUAAGUGUCAUUUAUUGGGAAUAAUUACAUGAAAGAAAAAUGGCUAUUCAUAUUCAAAGAUAAUUAUAUUUAAGACAAUUAAGAGAGUAGAGCUAUAGAAUUAUCAAUGAAUCAAAUUUUUGUUUGUAUCGCUCAGACCAUUAUACUUAUUGGCUAAGGCCUCUCUUGGAUUUGUUAUGUUGGCUAAUUGCAAUCAUAAAUCACGGAAAGCAGAGUAUUGACUUAAAAGUUGAUUAACUAAGAGGUUUGA